AGACAUUCGAUCAAUUAGAGAAACGUGAAAUGAGUGGCAGAUCUAGAAUUGCCGACGAAUAGAAGAGAAUAAGCAGCUGGCGAGCUAGCUAACUAGCUAUAUAUAGAGCUAGUCUCUCUAGAUCUCUCUCCGUUGCCCUGAUCAGAAGAUCGAUCAUGGCGAGCACCAAUAUGCAGCCCGCAGCUGCCGGAUAUAAAGAUGAGUUUGAUAAGAUUCUUCCCGUCAAGCCGAUCCCGGGAAGCUACGGCACGCCGGUGAUCACCCCGAUCAAGGACCGGCUGGACUUCUACUACUUCCAGGGGCAGGACAAGUACUUCCAGUCGCGCGCCGACAAGUACAAGUCGACGGUGGUGCGGAUCAACGUGCCUCCGGGCCCCACCAUGGCCUCCGACCCCCGCGUCAUCGCCCUCCUCGACGCCAAGACCUUCCCCGUCCUCUUCGACGUCUCCAAGGUCGAGAAGAAGGACGUCUUCACCGGCACCUACAUGCCCUCCACCUCCCUCACCGGCGGCUACCGCGUCUGCUCCUACCUCGACCCCUCCGAGUCCAACCACACCAAGAUCAAGCAGCUCCUCUUCACCCUCCUCGCCUCCCGCAAGGACCAGGUGAUCCCGACGUUCCGCACCAACUUCGGGGCCCUCUUCGCGACGAUGGAGUCGCAGGUAUCCUCCUCCGGCAAGUCCGACUUCAAUGCGCUCAACGACGCCACGUCCUUCGACUUCCUCGGGGACGCCUACUUCGGCGUGAUCCCCUCGAAGACCGCCCUCGGCUCCACCGGGCCCACUAAGGCCAGCAAGUGGCUGCUCUUCCAGCUGGCCCCGCUCACCAGCCUCGGCCUCCCCAUGGUCGUCGAGGAGCUCUUCCUCCACACCUUCCCCCUCCCCCCGCUUCUCGCCCGCUCCGACUACAAGGCGCUCUACGACUACUUCAGCUCCGCGGCAGCAUCGGCGCUCGACACGGCAGAGACGCAGCUGGGGCUCUCCCGGGACGAGGCCUGCCACAACCUGCUCUUCGCCACCGUGUUCAACAGCUACGGAGGAAUGAAGGUGCUGCUCCCGGGGAUCCUAAGCUGGCUGGCGAAAGCGGACCCGACGCUGCACGCGCGGCUGGCGACGGAGAUCCGCGGGGCGGUGGCGAAAGCCGGGGGGAAGGUGACGCUGGAGGCGGUGCAGAGCAUGGAGCUGACGCUGUCGGUGGUGUACGAGGCGCUGCGCAUGGACCCGCCCGUGAAGUUUCAGUACGGGCACGCGAAGAAGGACCUGGUGAUCGAGGGCUACGACGCCAAGUACGCGGUGAAGAGAGGGGAGAUGCUGUUCGGGUACCAGCCGAUGGCGACGAGGGACGCGAAGGUGUUCGGCGAGACGGCGGCGCAGUUCGUGGGCGACCGCUUCGUGGGGUCGGAGGGCCGGAAGCUGCUCAAGUACGUGGUGUGGUCGAACGGGCCGGAGACGGAGAGCCCGUCGGUGUCGAACAAGCAGUGCCCCGGGAAGGACCUGGUGGUGCUGGUGGGCCGCCUCCUCGUCGUCGACUUCUUCCUCCGCUACGACACCUUCACGGCCGAAGUCGGCCAGGAGCUGCUCGGGGCCAAGGUCGUCGUCACCUCGCUGACCAAGGCCACCUCCUGAUUAGGACUCCCACAAACCACUCCACCACCACCGCCCCUAAAUUAAUUAUCUAUAUAAUAAUCAUGUAUGCCUAAUUCAUUUUACUUAAUAAAUGAAGCAGAUAACUUGCUAUCUA